AUGAACUUCCUGGCACUUACGUUAGUGACUGUGGCAGUCUUAGUCGGUGUGACAGAACGAAAACGGCCACAGGCUGUGGGCAAUGAUGUUUAUGCCCUUUCGAAGGUUGGCGAUAGGGCAGGGGUAAAGUGGGUUGAGUCAACCUGCGGCGUCUGCGAGAUGUGCUCCAACGGUUUUGAUCAAGUUCAAUGCCUGGAUGUCGUCCACCAUGCCAUCGAGGUUGCUGAUGGGGUUACGGACGAGGAGGCUGAUCCCAUAAUGUGUGGUGGUUUCUCAGCAUAUGCGGCUUGCAAGCGAACAGAAGUUAAACCUGGAGAGUGGCUUGUCAUCCUUGGAGCCGGUAGAGGUGUAGGUCACUUUGCUUUGCAGUAUGCAAUGGCUAUGGGCAUAAGGGUCAUUGCUGUUGACAGGGGCAGGGAAAAAGAGCAAAUGUGUCGAAGAUUGGGAGCUGACAGGUUCAUGGAUUCGUCCAAGGAUUUUGUGGCCGAGGUGAUGAGAAUCACUACCUACGGUGCCCAUGCGGUUUUGCUUGCCGCCCCAUCAAAAGAGGCAUAUGACCUAGCGCCACACACUCUGAAAUUCCGUGGAACCAUGGUGGCCCUUAGUAUUCCAAAAUAUCCCACCAUCAUAGCCGGAUCGUCUGCUGCUCUUAUCAUUGGAAAGAAACUGAGCAUUAUUGGAAGCCUUGUUGGCACCAAAAGGGAAACUGACGAAGCACUCGACUUUGCAGCAAGGGGAUUAAUCUAUCCUGUUUUGACUAAAGGGACGUUGUAUGACCUUGAUAGGUUCUGUGACUUGCUCCAAGCUGGAAAGGUUCCCGGACGGGUUGUGAUUAAGGUAUCGACCCAGAGUCUGAGAAAAUAG